ACGGUCUCACUGACUAUUGAUUUGUGUGGGAAGUUGGAAAUUGUCGGAAAAACAAACGGAAUUGGAGCACAAUGAGCGGCUACCGAGGCAUGGGCGGCGGUGGAUUCCCGUACCGCAAGCCAGCUAGUUCCGGCAACAAUAUGAAUGCCGUACCCCCGCCACCGAUGUUGAAUGCGCGCGGCUAUGUCGGCCGGGGCGGUAGCAUCGCGUCCCUGUCCCGGGGAGGAGGCAGCAGUAGCUCCACUUCCAAGCACGGCUACUCAACGCUGGACUCCAUCAGUCAAUAUACAAAUGCCACCAAUUUAGUGGGGAAGCGGAAACAGCACACGGAUGAUGAUUACUUUGACGAUGACGAUGAACCCGCCCAGCAGCAUCGGGACCUGGAGCAGGCUUACAUACCGGCACCGGGCUCGCCGGGAGCUCCUCCUUCAUCAGCGACGGCAUCUUCCUCCAAGCAGGACUCUGAUUCCGAUGAGGAUCCGUUGGAACAGUUUAUGGCCGGCAUCAAUCAGCAAGUGGAGAAGGAGAAGCGCCAGCAGCAGCCCAAGAGUCAGUCGCAGGCGAUACGCGGCGACAUCGAUGAUGAGGACGACGAGGAGAGCUACUAUCGGUACAUGAAGGAGAAUCCAACCGCCGGUCUGCGGGACGAUGGUUCUGACCAGGAGGUGGAGUACGAUGAGGAUGGCAAUCCAAUAGCACCGCCCAAGAAGAAGGAUAUUGAUCCACUGCCUCCCAUAUAUCAUUCUGAAAUUGAGUACGAGCCCUUCGAGAAGAACUUUUACACGCAGCACGAGGAUAUAGCGGCACUGGACGAGGAUCAAGUCAGAGAACUGCGGCGUACGCUAGGCGUGAAGGUCACCGGGCCGUCGCCACCCAAGCCAGUGACCUCCUUUGGCCACUUUGGGUUCGAUGAUGCGCUGAUCAAGGCCGUACGCAAGGCGGAGUACACACAGCCCACGCCCAUCCAGGCGCAGGCGGUGCCGACAGCUCUGUCCGGCAGGGAUAUCAUUGGAAUAGCCAAGACGGGCUCCGGCAAGACGGCUGCCUUCAUUUGGCCUCUGCUAAUGCACCUGAUGGACCAGCGGGAGCUCAAACCGGGCGAUGGUCCCAUCGGUUUGAUUCUGGCCCCAACCAGGGAGCUCUCCCUGCAGAUCUACAACGAAGCCAAAAAGUUUGGCAAGGUGUACAACCUGAACGUGGUCUGCUGCUACGGUGGCGGAUCCAAGUGGGAGCAGAGCAAGGCUCUCGAGCAGGGUGCAGAGAUUAUAGUUGCCACACCCGGUCGCAUGAUCGAUAUGGUCAAAAUGAAGGCCACCAAUCUAAGGAGAGUGACGUUCCUGGUGCUGGACGAAGCCGAUCGGAUGUUCCACAUGGGCUUCGAGCCGCAGGUGCGCUCCAUUUGCAACCACGUACGACCGGAUCGACAGACCCUGCUCUUCUCAGCGACCUUUAAGAAGCGCAUCGAACGCCUGGCCCGGGAUGUGCUCUCUGAUCCCGUGCGCAUAGUCCAGGGCGACCUGAACGAAGCCAACCAGGACAUCACACAGUCCGUCUUUGUCUUCCCCAAUCCGCUGCAAAAGUGGAACUGGCUGUUGUGCCAUCUGGUGAAGUUCCUUUCGGAGGGCAGCGUCCUUAUUUUCGUGACCAAAAAGGCGGAUGCCGAGACGGUGGCCAACAACCUGUUGGUGAAGGAAUAUAACUGCCUGCUGCUACAUGGUGACAUGGAUCAGGCGGACAGGAACAAGGUUAUCAUGCAGUUUAAGCGCAAGGAAUGCGACAUCUUGGUGGCCACCGAUGUCGCAGCACGAGGCUUGGACAUCCCGCAUAUCAGGAAUGUGGUGAACUACGAUAUUGCCCGGGAUAUUGAUACGCACACUCACCGCAUUGGCAGGACUGGACGAGCCGGGGAGAAGGGUAAUGCUUUCACACUGGUCACCGAUAAAGACAAGGAGUUCGCCGGUCAUCUAGUGCGGAAUCUUGAGGGUGCGGAUCAACAGGUGCCGGACGAUCUAAUGGAGCUGGCCAUGAAGAGCUCCUGGUUUCGUAGUUCCCGUUUCAAGCAGGGCAAAGGAAAAAAGCCCACCAAUACUCACACCGGCUUGGGUUAUCGGGAGCGAGAGCGGGGCAAUGGAACAGGCGCUGGAGCUGGAUCUGGAUCUGGGACGGGUUCAGGAGGAGACAGGUCAGCCAGUAGCAGUUCCUCAGAAGGAGCUGUGUCCAAGUCAGCUUCCAACGCGGGACCAGCUACCGAUCGAUAUGCGGCCAUGCGGGAAGCAUUCCGAUCGCAGUAUAACAACCAGUUCAGGGCUUCCAGCGAUCGAACUUGGGAGAAGACCCUGCCCGAAGCUGGAGUAUUUGCGGCGCCAAUGGCGCCACCACCAUCGUCCUCGCAGGGCGCUUCCUCCUCCAACUCAGCCGGCAGCAGCAGCAGCAGCAGCAGCAGUGCUCAAGAUGCCAAAAGGGCCAAGAAGAGCCGCUGGAAUUGAAAAUGCACUCACACGAUAUUUGGGUUUAUUUCUCUUCAUAUUAUUUAAUGUGUAUUUGCUUUUGUUCCAUCAUUUAAAAUUACAACUUAUCGACUAAAUUUAAACAUAUAUAUAUAUAUAUUCCGAUAUAUAUUGUUCAUUCAUAAAUAUUACGUUAGUUAAAUACUCGUAUGUACAACUCUCUUCCUUGAUCCGAUCGAUCGAUCCCGCAAAUCCAAAUAAAAAUUCAUUCAUUAAUUGUAA